GUCGACAACUGUCACUGGUAGGAAUAAAGAUUCUCGAAAAAGGCACCAAGUAUCUUUCCUUUUUGUAAUGUGGACAAGAAGACAUAUCCUUGCACCAUGAUUCUGGAAUUGGUCAUCAUUCUUCAGUUUAUAGUGCUUGGAGUCGUCUCCAUAGUGUUCCUUAUAUACUGGAGGAAUAGACAAGGAUCUACUAUACCUCUAGAAGCACCUUCGUAUGAUAAUACUGAUACAUGUCAACACGAAUCUGCCAUUCAACAUGAUGUCAGUUCUGAAGAAGCUACCGGGAAAGAAAAAGUGUCACCAGCUGGAUCUACUUUUGAGCUGAGGAAGCGAAAAGGAAAUAUUGACACCGCUGGCAAUAAUGACCCUCUGUCUCCAAAAGGAAAUAUCGACACCGCUGGCAAAGAUGACUCUCUGUCUCGAAAUGGAAAUAUCGACACCGCUGGCAAUGAUGACCCUCUGUCUCGAAAAGGAAAUAUCGACACAGAAGGCAGUGAUGACUCUCCGUCUGGGGAUUGUCGUGUUAAAGCGACAGAUGGAAGUUUGCCAAAAGAUGAAAUGAAAGACGAAAUGGUGUUAUGUCCAACGUCAGAUCAGCAAAAUGUAGACACCUUAAAAGAUGAACGUUCAACAAACAUAUUUACUGCUGCGUCAAGGCAUUUAACAGAUGGAAUGAAUGCGGGAGACGAUUUAGACGGUGAGGUUCUUGGUGGCUCAGAAAGUGAUGAGUCAAAACAAAUGCAGAACAUGGUGGCAUCGCCUUCUGAAGAAGAAACUGCGUUUAAGAUUGAUGGCGACGGUGUUAAUGUUAGUAUCUGUGGUGUAAAUACUGGCACUGAUUUGCUUCAGCCAGACAAAGACGUACAGGUACUGAGCGGUCAAUCUCAAAGAAGUUCAGUAGCAGAUGAUACAGAAGCAGAACGUAGGGAUCUUGAUACCAACAAAGAGAAGGUUGAACAACCGAUUAAGGAAUUAGACAUCCAGACCAAAGGAAAGUUUUCCGGGAUCGAUCCAAGAACUAUCUGUAGUGUUGAUAUUGUCGAGGAAGGUGCCGAAUGUUAUUCAACGUCAGUAAAACAAAAUGAGGAUUGUAACGUGCCAUCUGAAAGUAGUUUUCCUUCUGGAGACUCAAAGCCUGUCCAUAGAGAUCAUGAUGUCUGCGCUGGUGAUGCUGGUGAUGCUGGACAAGUAUAUAUGAUAACAGAACAGGACACAGUUCAAGAAGUCAAUAACACACAAAAAUUAGUACAGUUUGAAUCUGCUGAAAACCAGCCUGGACUGAUGUCGUUUGGGGGACUGAACUUUGGGGGAAAUGCUGUAGCACUCGGUGACACGGGGAUGCAACCAGAUAUGCGUUCAAUCAAACAGCCAAAAGCCACGUCAGACAGGUUCACCAACAUGAAACGAACUGCAUCUGAUCAAAUAAGGGAAGUUAAACCUGAUAUCUACGUUCCAACCAGAGCAUGUAUGCUGGCUGAGGAAGUUUUGUUAAACUUCGGUGUGGUGGUCUUGAUAGGAAGUCCAGGAUCUGGGAAGACGACUAUUGGUCUGAGUCUGAUGGGACGAAUUGUUGAUCUUCAGAAGCGACAGCCUCUUGUCCUGACUCAUCACUCACAGUUUGAAGACAUCGUGACUCCCAAGGAUGCGGUGAAUGUCAAGCGAGAGCAGAAACUCGUUGUACUGCUUGAUGAUAUUUAUGGAAAGAGCAAUCUUGUGACUGAAUUUCAACGAUCGUGGGAAACGAAAUUUGAUAAGGUGUGGUCCCUAGUUCAGUCUGGCUUCAUCAAGCUCAUAAUUACAUUUAGAACACAGACGUUUUUAGACUGUGAAGAAAGCUUGAAUGCGUACGCAGCCUUUAGUAAGGUUCACCAAAUUGAUUUACAUGGUCCUGGCCUGUGCUUGACAAAUGACGAGAAGUUAAAUAUUCUCAAGCGACAUCUUAAACAUGCAUGGAUACCAAUGUCAGAUGAAGAUGAGGAGACCGCUGUAAAUCAUACAUUUACCGAGUUGGGAUUCCCCCAGUGUUGUAGGUUCUAUGUAAAUUCUUUGGAAGCACAGAAACGGGGUGUUGAAUUCUUCAAAAGGCCUAUUGAAUAUCUAAAGGAUCACUUUAAUAAAUUAAAAUCAGACAGAUCAGAGCAAUGCCAGUAUCAGUACCUCGUUCUCUUGAUCGUGAUGUUUAAGCAGGGAAUGUUGACAUAUGACUCACUCGAUCCAUUUGAAGAUCAGACUGAGACAAUUUAUCUAAGGGAUAAACUUAAGCAUGUCUGUAAAAUAAACUGUGAUGUCUCACUUGGGCAGAUAAAAUCAUCUGCUAACUCGCUCUGUGGACUUUACUUGGAGCGCAAUGACAAGACGAGGGCAUAUUCCUUUAUUCACCAGUCGGUGUUUGACACUUUGUUUCUGCAGUUUUCGUCAGAGUACCCUAAACAAGGAAUCAAGAUAUGUUCUGUUACGAUGCUUCUACAGUACAUCACCACACCAGGUGUGCCGAAGAAAGGUGAUGUGGUGAUGGUGGUAAAUGAAAACAACUAUUCAGUUCUUGCACAAAGGUUUACAGACUUGUUGAAGACCAGUAGGGCUAGAAGUAUUCUUUCACACCAGUCAUUCAAGGAUGAACAAUUUGUAGAGUAUCUGAUAAACAAAUUCUGGAAAUCUGUCGUACCAACUGACAUUCUGUCUCAGAAACUUGACCAUCAUGACCAUGUAACUGAGGUCGUGUUUAAUGAGCUGAACCUGAGCAACAUGUGGAGAGACGCUGAAAAGCAAAAUGGAUAUUUCCCAGAUUUCAAAGCACACGAGUCAGUAACAGUUCAGCAGACGUUUAUCUUCUCAUCAACAACAGUGUCAUGUGUAGCUGUCACUGAAGGAUUGCACACACUCUCCACAUACUUUGUGAAUGGCAUCUGCCAGUUACAAGACGGCGUGGCUGAACGUAAGCAGGAGGUAUUCAAUGCUUCUUGUCUCAUGGGAAAUACUGAAAUCAUUAACCUUUUGCUAAAUUCUGGUGUCAUUCCAACUAUGGCGGCAUUCACUGCUGUGGCAGCAUCAAGCCUAGAUGAUAGCCCAAUGUUUGAAAAGUUGUUAACGUUCAAUACAAACGUAGAACUGAGCAUACAGGAUUUGGAAUCCAUGUUGGCUGUAGCACUCGAGAAAGGAAAUGGAAACAUAGCAAAUCUGUUGAUUGAUAAAAUAAGCAAAAUGGAUUCCAGUCACCCUAUCCUGGAAAGGGCUUUAAAACAACUGCUGCUGCAGUGUCAUGGGGGAUGGAGACAUUCAGAUUUAUGCAGAUAUCGCUAUCAUAAGUUUCCGACUAGCGUUACUGUUGGAGCAGAAGGUCUGUUUAAGCAGUCAUCCAAAUAUAUAUCAGGAAUGAAUCCUAGACUAUGUGUAUUCUUGGCAGCUGCGUUUGAUGACGUGGGUAUUCUUAAAGAAAUCAUCAACACAGAUUCAACCUGUCUGAGUGUGUUAAGUGGAAAUGAAACUCUUUUGCAUACAGCUUCACGUUAUGGAUGCCCCGAUUCAGUGAAAUAUUUGAUAGAUCUUGGACUUCAAAUCAAUGAUACCAACAUAAAGAAGAAAACGGCACUGCAUUUGGCUGCAGAACACAAUGCAUCCAAUGUGGUCGAAUGUCUUCUGUUGGAAGGAGCAGAUCCUAAUUCUCUAGAUGAAGACGAGAACACUCCUCUACAUUUGGCCAGCCGUGCCAAUUCCUUACAGUCAGCUAUAAAAUUAGUCGAAAUGGGAUCUAAAGUGAACAUGGUAAAUGAGGCUGGGGACUCCCCGCUUCAUAUUGCUUGUAAAUGCAAUUCUUUGGCAUUCAUAAAAUAUCUGGUAGAAGAGGAAUCCAAAGUAGAUUUGAAAAACAAUAAAGGUAUGACACCAUUUCACAUGGCAGUACAUUACAACAAAGCUGAUGUUAUACAAUAUCUUGUACUGUGUAGAUCAGAUUUGAAAGGACCAUGUCCUAUUUCAUAUGAAAGCUUUAACAGGUACCCUCUCCCGGGAUGUUUUGAUGUUGCACAGUUUCUUUUUAAUAAACGAGUCGAUCAAGCAUCAGAUUUGUUUGCAAUUCUGCUGCACAGGGCUACACGUGUUGGCAACAUCAUGUCCAUUAGGUUUUUGUUGGAGAAAGGUGUGAAGCCAGACACUUUAGACAUGGAAGGUAAAUCUCCACUUCAUUCAGCCUUGAGGCUAGGCGAUGGACCAGUGAUAAAGUUAUUGCUAAAAUACAAGGCUUCGGUGAAUAUUUCAGACAAAAACAUGCAAACUCCGUUACACGAUGCCUGUCUUUUUGCUGAUUCUCUGACAGUAAAGGUCUUGUUGGAUCAUGGAGCUAAAACUGAACUAAAGAAUAAACGUGGAUUAACUCCGCUCCAGUAUGCAGGAAUGUCGUGUGAUAAAAAAAAGCUUUGGAUACUUUUAAAAGGAGGUGCUGACAUUAACAGCCAAGACAACGGUGGAUUUACAGUUUUAUAUAGAGCUGCUUUAAAUGGAUUUAUUGAUGCUGCAGAAGUCUUGAUCAGCCUAAAGGCAGAUGUAAACAGACCAGAUAGGAAUGGACAAACAGCAGUGAUGAACGCAUCACUGUGUGGCCGUGAAGCCCUGGUAAAACUGUUGGUUGCAGCUGGUGCUGACAUUAACAAACAGGAUAACUCACAGCAGACUUCGCUGCAUUUGGCAGCAAUUACUGGACAGACAAACACAAUACCACUUAUGCUACAUUUCAAAGCAGAUCCGUAUCUUCUGGACUGUAAUGGAUUAACAUGCAUGCACCAUGCAGCUACAUUUCAGAGGCAUGAUGCCCUCCGCGUUUUACUGGAUAAUGGCAUGGAUCCAAACUGUGUUGAUGCAAACAAUCAGACUCCCAUUUUCAAGGCUUGCUCAUUGGGACAAGAACAAAAUAUUCGUCUCUUACUAGAGAGGGGUGCUUCACUGGCGUGGAAAGACAAGACCGGAGAAACUCCUCUUCAUCCAGCAACAGUAUGUGGGCAAGUGCGCUUGAUAAAACUUUUGUUGGAGGCAGGUGCAGAUAUUGACAGUGAAGACAAUAAAAACAAUACACCCUUGAUUAUUGCCUCUUCACUUGGCAAGCUGGAGAGAGUAAAUAUUUUACUGGAAAAUGGUGCAAAUCCUAACCAUGGAGAUGGAGAAAUUACAGCAAUUCAUGUCGCUGCAGGACUUCAUUUUCCAGACAUUUUACAGCAUCUUCUGGACAAAGGAGGAAGCACUAAUGUUGUCUCGAGUUUGGGAAACACUCCACUUCAUUCUGCUGUUCGUAAGAGUUUGCAACGUGAUACCGGGAGAAUGUUUUGUCCAACAGAUCCAAAACUGUUAUCACUGAUGCAGUCCCUUAGUGCUUUAUCCAGUGAUGUAUCAUCACUGUCCAAUGAAGCAGUAACUGGAAGUCAUACAACUGGGAAUGUAUGCUUUAUAAAGAAUCCUCUUUCAGACUGGAUCCCAUCAUUACGGUCAAUAAGCGUCCCACCUUCUGAUAACAAGCCAGCAACAACCAACGUCGUGGAUAUGCUACUACAAAAUGGGUGUUGCAUCAACGCCCAUAACAAUGCAGGACAGACAGCAUUGCAUGUUUGUGUUGAAUAUGAUCAGCUAGAAAAUCUACAGAUGUUAUUAGAGAGAGGUGCUGAUAUAGCAGCUGUAGACAAGGAAGGUAACUCUGUGCUGCAUGAGGCUGUGGCCCGAGCACAGGUGACGACUGUGGAGAUGCUGUUAAAUGCGGGUUCUGUUGACGUACCAAACAUUGAUGGGAAAACAGCAUGUGAUCUCGCGAACAGUAAAAUUGCGAGCGCUGAUGAUCUAGUUGCGUCCGCUGCUGCCGGUUAUGCUGCUGCUGCAGCUGAUGAUGAUGAUAUGAUGAUGAAGUAUGUCCAGAUAAUUUCAUUACUCUCAUAAACUUGAAACAUGUAGGUUAUUACCGAGUUUCGAUACCUGAGGUGCACAGCUGCAAAUGUUAGUGUUAAAAAAGAACAUAAAAAGGAGAGAGAACUAAAACAUCUAACUCGGACAUGUACAUGCUCGUGUCUGUGAACAAAACGGGCGGGAUGUAGUCCAGUGGUAAAGCGAUCACUUGAUUGAUGCGCACUCGUUUUAGGAUCGUUCUAACCAGUGAAUCGCGACUGGUAUAUAAAAGGCAAUGGUAUGUGCUAUCCUGUAUGUGGGAUGGUGCAUAUAACAUUAAAUACCCUUUCUACUAUUAAAAACAAAAUGUAGAGUGUUUCCUAUCUAACACUACGUGUCAGAAUUACCAAAUGUUUGAUAUCCAAUAGCCGAUUAUUAAUAAACCAAUGUGCUUAGUGGUGUCGUUAAAUAAAAUAAAACUUCUAUUAACAAAGCAGAUACCAAAUGAAGUUUUGAUAAAAUAAAAAUAAAUGGGUUUUUUAACGACACCACUGGAGCACAUUGAUUAAUUAAUCAUCGGCUAUUGGAUGACAAAUAUUUGGUAAUUCUGAUUCAUAGUCAUCAGGAAGC